UACGAGUGGAGGCUGGCUUGACCGCAGUUUAAUGUAUAUGUCUGUACCUUUAAAUUGCUUGACGACACGUCGUAAACCGACCGGCACUGUCGUGAGAACCACAUGGCAGCAACAUGUUUACCACUGUGAAGCUGUAACGACAAUUUUCCCAAAGCGGUUUUUUAUUUUUAUUUGUUUGGGGGGUGGGAUUCUUAAGUUAGAUGCGUUUGGUAGAUAAAACGUAUCGUUCCUCAGUUCUCAUAUGUAGCGCGCAUAUCGCGCUUUGCAUUGGGUUGCGUCGCGUGCUCCAGUCUGCACCAUGUUUGUGUUGGUGGAGAUGGUGGACACAGUCAGGAUCCCUCCGUGGAACUUUCAAAGACAGCUCAACGAGGCUGUGUCCGAGGAGCUGAACAAAAAACUGGCCAAUAAGGUGGUCUACAAUGUCGGUCUAUGUAUCUGCUUGUAUGACAUCACGAAACUGGAGGAUUCGUACAUUUUCCCAGGGGAUGGUGCUUCACACACAAAAGUUCAUUUCAGGUAUGUUGUUUUUCACCCGUUUCUGGACGAGAUACUGGUCGGCAAGAUCAAGUACUGCAGUCAGGAGGGUGUUCAUGUGACCAUGGGCUUCUUUGAUGACAUUCUCAUCCCGCCAGAGUCUCUUCAGCAACCCACUAAAUUCGAUGAAGCUGAGCAAGUUUGGCUUUGGGAGUAUGAGACUGAUGAGGGAGCACAUGACCUCUACAUGGACCAGGGAGAGGAGAUCCGUUUUCGAGUGGCGGAUGAGAUAUUUGUGGAUACUUCACCAACGGGCCCUACCACUGACGCGCCACCCGCCCAACCUGGGCAGGCGACGGCACCACCACCUGCACAAGAUACCGGCGAGAAGAAAGAUGCGCCAUAUACUCUGAUAGGGACCAUUUGUGAGCCAGGACUGGGGCUGCUAUCAUGGUGGAACAAUUAGCAGGAGGAAGAGGAGAACAUUGGACAAUCAUCGUUUGUCAGGAAGACCUUGUGUCUGGAUCAAAACUUGAUUUUCGAGACUAAAAAUAGACAUUGGUGACAGAAAAAACUGAGGUGUCGUGCUGAGGAAAGAUCAUUUGGGUAAUACCCACUGAAAAAGACUUGGAAGCAUGGUGUUUAUUAUGUGUUAAUAUGUCAUAUAAUGACAAUGAUCCAUGAGUAAGCUCUUUUAUUUGGUAGAUUUCACAUUGGACAGCAUUUGCCUAAUCAAUGAUAAAUGAGUCAUGAAGUAAAGUAAGUUGAAUAAGUAUAAUUUAUUUACCAUAAUAGCAUUACUAAAAGUGUGAUUGUCACAAGCAAACCCUAAAUCAUAUUUUUUACUCUUUCAUGUUGGAUUUAAACAAAAGAUUAGAAUGAAUAAGGCCCACCACACACCGAGCGAAGCAGCCGAGCCCAUAUGAACGGCCAUGCAAUUUGCGGGGUUUGUAAACUAGUUCUCUUUAUUGACACUAUAUAAAUUAAACUGAUUUAAUUAGAUAAAUGAAUAAAAAUGGAUUAUUUUACAGAUCACAUGUAUUCUCAUUUUAAAAUCUAUUUAUUAUUAAGGUAAAUUAACAAAUUCUUCAUUAAAAAUAAAACAUCGUGAAAUCUUUUAUUAAUAGUCACCAAUCCAUCCGUCCAUUUUCCGUACCAUUGUCCUCAUUAGGGUUGCAGGCAUGCUGCGCCCUAUCCCGUCUGACGAAUCAGAUUAAACAACAGCCGGGCCGCUGUGCUCUGCCCUUCCCUGAAUUAAACUGGUCCCAGUCUGAUCUGCAGCAUGUCUACCAUAAUUUAAUAGAACAAAAUUAGUGAAGAUACAUGAUUUCUACAUCAAUUACUUGCAAUCCUGUGGAACUAUUUUUCUUACACCAUUCCAGUUAACAGCCGUUUAACUUUUCUCACAGGAUGACACAUCAUUGCACAAAAUUUGCACAGAUGUCAGCGCAAGUCUGCGGUGUGAGCGAUUCGAGAUACUGUAUAUGGCUGGUGAAUGUAAUAAAGAUAUAUGAACUGAGUAUGAAACGCAAUACCUUUCGAACAUAAAUUAAUCAGGGAGUGCCAGCAUACCAUUUUAGAUGAUAUGAUAGGACCUUUUUGUGUCUUAAUAUCGAUGGGAUCGCGGGGAAACGGACAAGCCAUGCUUGCCUCCAAUGGGAGGAGACCGGUACAAAGUCAGGAUUUAAUAGGGGCACGGAGUCUGUUACCGCGAUGACUGAGUCGGAAUUCCUCUCACCUGACUCUUUGGAAUGGAUUGAUCAGGCUUUCCUUCAUUUUAGGGUUAACUUCCUCAGUUUUCACAUAACCUGCAUGCUUGAAUACCACACCCAUACCUUUCUUAACUGGAAAGGUUUCAAAUACCCAAGACCCAUGUGGUGCUAUGGCGUCCAUCACGAUGAUAACAUCUCCAGGCAUGAAACCUUUUUUUUUUCUUUUGUCCAUUUUUGACGCUUUCGCAGUCAUGUUAAUACUCUCAAAUCCAUAAUUUCCAAAAGAGGUCAGAGACGUAUUAAACGUGUUUCUUCCA